AUGCAGCAUAUACCACACGCUUUUAUCGGUGAUCAAGCAUUUAUCAAUGGUUUUCAAUUGAAACAGGAGAUACAUUCGAUUCUGAAACAGCAAAAUCUACGAAAUCUCGGCUCAUCCUCAACCGCCGUUGAUCAAGCAAGUAUUUUACUUCAAUACAACGAUCUUCGUGAUCCACCGGAUGAGGAUGUACUGACCAAAAUUGAAACAUAUCGAAAUUCGUUAUCGAAUGAGAUGAGAGAAAACGCAUGUAGAAAUCUGAAUAUUUGGUACUUAUCUUGGAUGCAAAUAUUUGAAAAGAAGUUCGAUCAGACGAUACAAAAUAUCACGAAAGAUCUGUUCGGUAUUGAUAUAACAAACGAAUUUCUAGUAAAACAACAUCGAAAAGGACUCACCAACGUGGCAGUACUUAAAUGGUUGAUACUGUCUCUAGUCGGUGUACCGGUACCUGAGAACUUGGCUCAUAAAAUUCGCCUUGUAAUAGACUUUUAUAAACAAUAUCGUCAUAUGAUCAAUGUUGAAAAUGUAGAGAAAUAUAAAUCAGAUACUAAAAAUGGUGAAAAAGUUUCUGAGGACUGUGAUGUAGUUAUUGGGUUUGAACUAAAGUUCUGGCCUCGUGUAGCUCUAAAUCGACUAGCAUAUUUGAAACGACAUAAUAAACGCGUGUAUAAUAUUGUCAAAAAUUCACCAGUUUAUAUCAUACCAAAAUCGUCAGAAAGAAACGUUUCAAGAUACGAGGCUAGCUUUGAUUUCCGCUUUUCAUUUUCAGCAGCUGAAGAAAAGUUAGCACAAUCACGAUCAAAAAUUGAGAAUAAACUAAAUGAAGUAGCACGUAAAGUUUACUAUUUAUAUUUACGGCAAAAUGAAAGCAAGCAUGAUCACUAUAUUCGGUCGUAUUUCAUUAAAACAUGUGUUCUAUGGUUAUGUGCAUGA